AUGUCGAGUGAAGGAGCCAAUGCGACUGCGAAUGGUCGGACGAAGCAAGAUGACACCAUUCCUGCUCCAGUCGUCACGGUAAAUUCAACCAGUGCGGACGUGGAAAGGCCGUCGACCACGGCGAAUGGCAGCGGCGAGCCGGCGCCUGCUGAUAGUACCGAGAAGCCGGCCGUAGAGACGAAAGCAGACGCGCCGACUGAAGAGAAGAAGGACACCCAAGAGUCCAAGGAAGAACCCAAAGAAAACCCCGAGGAACAGUCCAAGGACGGAAAGGAAGCUGGUGACAAGCGUGACCAUGCUACCAUGUCUGCGGCCGAGACGGCUGCAGCUACCACCACGGAUAAAAAGGAUGCCGAAAAAGAAGACGCAAAGGCUGAAUCCAAGGAGCCAGCAGAGAAAAAACAGAAGGUCAAGCAGGCAAACGAGCCUGUGGCCACGACUGCUACUGAGAACGGCAACGCCAAUGGUAACGGCAACGGAGCAGCGAAGAGAGGACCCGGCAGGCCCAAGAAGUCCGGGGCAGCAGCAGCGCCGCAAAAGAAGAAAGCCCCAACUCCACGUAGUUCCGAUGGAAUCGGGAGCAGGACCAGAAGCCGUCGAUCCCAGCCCGAGGCGUGA